UAAAGAGGGAGGUCUGGCGAAUAGCGAAUUGUCUUGCUGUCUCCAAAAUGGCUUCUUGUUUCCUGUAGGAUAACUAUUCGUUGAAAAAGUGGACUUCAGUGAAAUAAGCUCAAAUAUGUGACGUUCUUGAUCCCAGUUUCACAAAUAGGCGACUCAAUAAUCGAUUGAAAUGCCCGCCAAUCAUAACCUGGUGGUUCCAUUCAUGAUUUAUAUGUAACUCAACUAAUUUGAAAACCAGUAUCAAUAGUCACUGCCCUAGCACAAUGACAACAAUGAUGUACCCCACGCUAAUGAAGUCCCAGAGCAUGCGAGCUAAGAGAAAAUCCGCAGUUGAGCUCCUGGCUGAAAGUAAACCAUUCUACGUGAAGUCCGAGGUGGUCAGAGACACGACUCAAGCAAUUCCUUCCCGGCCCAAUUCGAAUUUUGGUGGUUAUGGAACUUACAAUCGAAGUAAAUCUGUGAAUGUUGCUGGACAUGGAUCCAACUACAGACCUACAACUUUGCCUCACUACAUGGCCGUCUCGCCUUCAAGGUCUCUACCGCCCUUAACGCACAGACGUUCAGUACAUUCUGCCACUAGCGACUUGCUGCAAAAUAAACUGAGACAGUUGCUGGUUUGCGACAGCGCAGAAGAGCUGUGCGUGGAGCAAAUGGCCCCGCUCAGUCCUCCGGCAGAGUACGCACAACGUUGCCACAAAAGCCUUCCGGAUCUUCAUUGCAGAGAGCCGAGUUCGAAUAAGAGUAGCAACAAGAGCUUGUCUAAUAGGGACAGCGGGGGCUCGAGUGGACACUAUACCCAGAGGAGUGAACCGCCACCACCUCCAAGACAGGUGAGUUCUGGAAAUAUAAAGUUAUUUUCAUUGAUUUCAGGCUUAAUUUGGUCUCUGGUGGAAACAGAUACUUAG